GCAAGUCGGUUACACAGUUUCAGUAUUAAACUGAUCUUUCAUAACUGAUAUCACUUCAUCAAGAUUUCAUACAGAUUCCAACAAUGAACUACAGAAAUUUAAACCUCACAAUCAUCUCCGCAUCUGGCCUUAAAAAACCCACUUUCAUGGGCAAAAUGGACGUAUACGCCGUCGUUUCAAUCUUCGGCACCGUCGGCAACCCUCAAAAGCUCAAAACCAACAUAUCCAAACACGGUAAUUCCGACCCCACAUGGAACUUUCCGAUGAAGUUCAUCAUCAACGAAGCCGCAGGAUUCCAAAACCGCCUCACACUCGUCGUUAAAAUUAAGGCGGCGGGGAUUUUCGGCGGCAGGAACCUCGGAGAAGUUCACGUUCCGGUGAAGGAGCUUCUAGAAGGUGUAAAAGAUGAAGGGAAGACGAUGCAGGUUGUUAGUUAUCAGGUGAGAAGACCGUCGGGGAAAGUUAAAGGGGUUUUGAGUUUUUCGUAUGAGGUUGGAGAGAAGUUUACCGGUAAACCGGAAGAACCGGUGACGGCGUAUCCACCAGGUUACGGUUACCAGCAGCAACAACCGGGUUACGGUUACUAUCCUCCACCGCCUCCGGCGUCGUCGGGGUAUGGUGGUUAUCCUCCUCCGCCGCCGGUGGUGGUUCCGCCGCGUGGAGGUAGGAUGGGGAACUCUGGUAUGGGGUUUGGAACCGGGUUGUUGGGUGGUGCGCUUGGUGGGAUGUUGCUUGGUGAGAUGAUGUCUGGUGGUGGUGGGGGAUGUGGUGGUGGGGGAUGUGGUGGUGGAGGGUGUGGCGGUGGUGGUUGUGGAGGUGGUGGUUGUGGUGGUUUUUGAGUGGAUAUGUUUUGUUUGGUUUUAUGGUUUUAGUAUGUUACGUGUUAUGUACAUAUGGCCUGGUAUACGUUUUAAUUGUAAUGAAUAAAGAAAUUAGAAAGGAAAAGUAACGGUAUGAACGAGUUUAGCUGUUUGUGAGCUACUUUGGUUUGAUUGAACGAGUUUAGCUGUUUGUGAGCUACUUUGGUUUGA